AACUGAAUAAUUGUUAUUGGAAGCAAGUAGUAUUUGUCAUGUUUACAACGUGGUCUCCGGGUUUUUAUAAAAUUUAUUGAGUUAUCGAAAAUGGCCUUAGAAAAAGCUGUAGCUCAUAGGCCAGGUGCCUUCAAGCAAUCUAAUAAAGAACAUAAACAUGGUAGACAUCGAUCAAAAGGAUCUAUAAGCAUAUCUUCAAAAGGAAAAGUAUCUGUUAAAAAACUUUCCAAACGUAAUAAACGAGAAUUAAAUAGGGAUCAGCGACGAAAUCAGGCUAUGCAAAUCAGGCAAAGUAAAAGAGAUGAAGUUCUUGCUAAAAAGAGGUCUUUAGGAGGGAUGGAUUUUGCUCCAUUUCUAGUUUGUGUGGUACCCUUGAACAAAGAUAUAGAUCCUAAUACAGCGUUAACAUUACUUUGUCAAUGUGAUCAAGAAGCAAUAGUAUCUAAAUCCUCUGCAAAUGUGACGCAUAUAAGUGUACCAAGAUUUAAACAGAGAUUCUCCUUCGUAGUUCCAGAGAGAGAGCAUGAUUUUGCAAUUUUGGAUACAUUAAAAGUAGCCGAUACUGUUCUAUUUUUAAUAUCUGCUGCUACUGGAAUUGAAAACAAUGAAGCAAUAAUUGAUAAGUGGGGAAAUUCAAUAUUAUCUACUUCAUUUGCACAGGGAUCACCUACACCUUUAGUGGUGAUUACAGAUUUAGAAAGUGUUGUACCAAAGAAACGAAAUGAGCACAAACAACAAAUACAAAAAAUUGUAAAUAAAUGGUUACCCGAAGAAAAGGUAAUGGUGAUGGAUAAAAAUGUAGAUGGAGUCAAUGUGUUGAGAAAAAUUGGCAAUCAAAAAAGAAAAUCCAUAUUAUAUAGAGAUCGUAGACCUCACAUGUUUGGAGAAGAAGUGGAGUUUGUCGCAGAUACAGAAGGUACUUUGGGUACUUUGAAAAUUUCUGGUUAUUUAAGGGGUACCGCUUUAUCUGUCAAUCAGUUGAUUCAUAUACCAGGCUUAGGAGAUUUUCAGAUGACCCAAAUUGAUGCCCCAAAUGAUCCACAUAAGUUUGACAAAAAAAAUAAAGAUGUUAACACAAUGGAUUCAGAUGAUGUAUCACUAAUUCGUGUACUUGAAAGAUGUGAUCCAUCAAAACAAGAAUCGCUAGAAUCUGAAAAUAUACCUGAUCCUAUGGAUGCAGAACAAACAUGGCCAACACAAGAAGAAAUGGAAACGGCAGAAAAAGAACAAAAAUUAAAAAAAGUAAAAAAAGUCCCAAAAGGUUGGUCGGACUAUCAAGCAGCUUGGAUUCCUGAUGAUGAUACGGAAUUUCAACAAGAUCAAUCCGAUAACGAUGAUCAAGAUUUGAAUGAUGAAUUCAUGGAUGCUAUGUCAGAAGUUAUAUCUGAGAAUUCAGAAGCUGAUAAUGGUGAUCAAGAUUUUGCUUCUGUUACAGAAUCUGAAGUAGCUGUUAAUGAUGAAAAAUACGAUAAAGAUAUAGACGUCUUUGCUGAAAUGGAGGAAUUAGAUAAAAUUAAAGCUGCUAAAAGUGAUAAGGAGUUCCCUGAUGAGAUUGAUACACCUAAGGAAACGCCUUCCAGAGUUAGAUUUCAAAAAUACAGAGGAUUGGAAAGCUUCAGGACGUCACCGUGGGAUCCAAAAGAAAAUCUACCAAGUGAUUAUGCCAGAAUCUUUCAAUUCCAGAAUUUUGAUAGGACAAAAAAACGGGUAAUGUCAGAUCAAGAAGAUAAAGAUGGAGCACUUCCAGGGUGGUACAUAACAGUAUAUGUAAAGCAUGUAUCACAUCUUCUAUGGGAGAACUUCAAGCAAACUAACGCUCCUGUUACAUUAAUUGGUAUGUUCCCCCACGAACAUAAAAUGUCCGUCCUAAACGUUGUACUUAGAAGAACUCAAAAUUACAAUCUACCGAUCAAAUCUAAAGAGCGAUUAGUAUUUCAGUGCGGAUACAGAAGAUUCAUUACUAAUCCCAUUUUCAGCAGUCAUACAAAUGGUCAAAAGCACAAGUUUGAAAGGUUUUUCCAACCGGAUUCUACUAUGGUAGCAACAUUUUAUGCUCCCAUUCAAUUUCCGCCAGCGCCUGUGUUAUGUUACAAAGAAAUUAACAAUAAGCUUGUGCUUGUAGCCAACGGCAGCUUACUUUCCUGUAAUCCAAAUAGAAUGGUUAUAAAAAGGAUAGUUUUAUCAGGUUAUCCAUUUAAAAUCCACAAGAAAUCAGCUGUUAUCAGAUUUAUGUUUUUCAAUAGAGAAGACAUAGUUUAUUUCAAACCUAUCAAAUUGCGAACAAAAAUGGGAAGAAGUGGGCAUAUCAAAGAACCACUAGGUACACACGGACAUAUGAAAUGCAUAUUUGAUGGUCAUCUGAAUUCUCAAGAUACUGUACUAUUAAAUCUUUACAAAAGGAUAUUUCCAAAAUGGACAUAUCAAGAUUUCAUUGUAAGUUGUUUCAAUGAAAACAUGGAAAAUUAAUGAAAUGUAUAUGCUUACAUAACAAAAUAUAUAUAUAAUGAUCACGAAUA